GCACAUGAUAGAGUGGAUGUGUUUAUUUUAUUGGCUACUUGUAUUGAUUACAUCAAGACAUUAUCGAAUAAAAAGUGGACGUGAUGACAUUCACGGAGCAAACAUAGCGCACAAAUAUCUAGGGUCACCCACCUGUGUACUGAGUAGAGGAGAAAGCGAGUUUGAACAUUGGGUACACGGAGCGGCCCAUCAACCAUUCACCCAAGCUACUGGCUGCCCUAAUCGAGUCAGUGGAGGCAUGGUGAAUGCCCACUAUGGAAAGCCAAUUGCAUUUCUGCAGUGGCACUAAUGUUGGGAGCUACAAGGGUAAUCCCAGAUUCCGGAUUGGUCAGAAUAUGUUUUCUUUCGCUGUCAUAUUAGAAGUACGAAUCUAGCAGUGAUUACUGUCUUUCAUCCUAACAACGA